CGGCAGCAGGAAGGAGGAGGAGCAGAGCAAAGGAGGACCCGAGAGGCUCCAGCCAUCCCUGAGCUCGCAGCCCCCCGGGACCAUCGCCCCCCAUCCCGCAGGAUUUCCCAAUCCCAGCGCUUAGCAGGAUGGAGGUGGAAGCUGUGAGGAAGAGGAAGAUGCCCCAGGACACCCAGGCAGACAAGGAGCUGAGGAUGGAGACCAGGGAGGACAAAUCCCUGCAGCAGAACCUGGUGGAAGAGGCCGUUUUGUGCAGUUCCACAGCACAGGAAUCCAACAGGGUGGAAAAGUCCCGGAGAUCCCGCACGAGGAGGGGCUGCAAACGCAGAUCACGGGGAUCUGAGGAGGACAGACCCAGCCUGUGCCGGGAAGGCGGCCGGAGAUCCAGCCAGGGCUCUGAGCUGGUGGUCCAUGAGCAGCCUCACAAUGGGGAGAAGCCCCACAAGUGCUUGGAGUGUGGGAAGAGCUUCAGGUGGAGCUCCGAACUGAUCAGGCACCAGAUGAUCCACACUGGGGAACGGCCGCACGCGUGUGGGGAAUGUGGAAAGAGGUUUCAGUUCACUUCCAGUCUCCUCCUGCACCAGCGCACGCACACUGUGGAGAAGCCCUUCCGCUGCCCUGACUGCAAGAAGGGAUUCAGGCAAAAUGCCCAUCUUGUCAGGCACCAGCGCAUCCACACUGGGGAGAGGCCCCACAAGUGUGAGCAAUGUGGGAAGAGCUUCAGCCGCAGCUCCCACCUGAUCUGCCACCAGAGGAUCCACACUGGGGAGAGGCCCCACAAGUGUAGGGAAUGUGGGAUGAGCUUCAGAGACAGGACCAGCCUGAUCCAGCACCAGAGGACCCACACUGGGGAGAGGCCCUACGAGUGUAGGGAAUGUGGGAAGAGGUUCAGACAGAGCUCCCACCUGAUCCUGCACCAGAGGAUGCACACGGGGGAACGGCCCUAUGAGUGUGGGGAAUGUGGGAAGAGCUUCAGACAGAGAUUCAAUCUGAUCAGCCACCAAGUGAUCCACACUGGGGAGAGGCCCUACGAGUGUUCCAAAUGUGGGAAGAGGUUUCAGACCAGCUCCAGUCUCUUCCUGCACUAUCGGACUCACACAGAGGAGAGGCCCUUCCAGUGCUCCGACUGUGGGAAGGGCUUCAAGCACAACGUCAGCCUUGUCACUCACCGGCGCAUCCACACCAGGGAGAGGCCCCAGAGUGUCCCCAGUGUGGGAAGAGUUUCUCACUGAGCUCAGCCUUGACCCAACACCAACAGAGGCACUGGUAAGGGAAGCCCUGCGAGUGCCCCGAGUGCGGGAAGAGCUUUGUGACCCACAUUCCCUGGGAUCCACCUUGGGAAUCCACCUGGCUGCUUCUCCUUCUGUUUUGGCCUCAGUUUUCUUCUGAUUCAUCUUCAUCCCUUAAAAACAGCCCAAACAGGGUUAAAAGAAAGAAGUUGAUCAACUGUGUCUAUUGUCCCACCAUUUCACAGGUGUUUGAGGGGGAAUAUAGGGUUUGGGGACACAUUCUGGAAGAUUUCUGGGUUCUUGGGGCGUUUUGGGCCAUAUUCUCCAUCUCUUUGCACUCCAAAUGCCAAGGGGGAUUGAUCUGUUACCUGAAAACAACUCAAUCCCACUGAAAAUAAGUAAAUCUUAUCCCCAAAGGGCUCAAUCCCACCUCAAAAUGGCUUGUACCACC